AUGCCGUUGAAAGCAGUUAUUUUUGACAUGGGAGGUGUGCUGUUCCCAGCUCCUAUGGAUUAUUGGAGAACUUUGGAAAAAUCCGAAAAUCUUAAAGAAGGUUCAAUUUUGAAAACAUUACUUUCGAAAGAAAUCGUAAAGCAUUUUUGGAGAUUCGAAAAAGGUCAAAUGACUGCAGAGGAUUUUGAUCCAUUAUUUACACAUGUUUAUAAUCUACAGAAUUCAACCAAUUUUUCUGGAGUACUUCCAAUAUUUUCAAUGACCUCUAAUAUCGCCAACGUCGCCUUUUUCCCAGAAAUGAUUAAUGUUAUAAAGGUUUUGCGCCUUUCUGGUUACCGUACAAUUCUGAUAACAAAUAACUUUUAUGCUGAUCGUGCCAGGAAACUACCUACCGUACCCCAGCAGACUUCAUAUCUUUUCGAUGAUGUCUUGGAAUCCUGUCGACUCGGAUUAAGGAAGCCUGACGAUAAUAUUUAUAAAUUGGCAUGCGAGCGGAACAAACUUCACCCAUCAGAAUGUAUAUUUCUGGACGAUCUAGGAGACAAUCUCAAACCAGCCAAAGCACUUGGGAUGACUACGAUCAAAGUUGAAAACAUUGAAAACGCUAUUAAUGAGCUUUCAAGAAUCUUGCAAUUGGAUUUUUCGCUUCCUGGAGAGACAAGAGAAUGCAUUCCUCGCGAGCAAUUGCCUCUGAACCAAAUAGAGCAAGUCGUUAAGGAGCAGGUGGAUGUGAUCCGCAAGUUCCGGCACGGACAAUCCAAUCCGACGUAUUAUUUUCGAACAAAAAACAGCGGAAAGGAGUACGUGCUUCGAAAAAAGCCUUCGGGGACGCUUCUUCCAACAGCACAUCAAAUUGAGCGAGAAUAUCGAAUUGUUAACGCACUUCAAACCCAUCUACCACUACCAAAAACCUUUGGAUUAUUUGAAAAUGUUCUUGAUACCCCAUUUUAUCUCAUGGAAUACCAGAAAGGUCGCAUUUUUUUGAAACCUUCUUUACCAGAAUUGACACCAGUGGAGCGGCGAAAACUUUUUGAAGAAGCCUUGAAAACUUUGGGAAAGAUCCAUAGCAUUGAUUAUAAAACAGCAGGAUUAGCGGAUUUUGGAAGAAGUGAUGGAUAUAUGGCUAGAAAUUUGAAACGAUGGACAGAUUCGUAUGAAAUGUCGAAGACAGAGGAAAUUCCAGAAAUGACGAGACUUGCGGAAUAUUUGAGCAAAAAUAUACCCAAAGACUCAAAGACAACCAUUGUUCAUGGGGAUUAUAGAAUCGAUAAUUUGAUAAUUGAGCCCAACGAAAUUCGAGUUAAAGGAAUUCUCGACUGGGAACUCUCAACUAUUGGAGAUCCAUAUUCCGAUCUUGCCACAUUCCUCUUCAUUUUCUACGUUCCAAACGAUACGAGAACCUUGCCGGGUUUGGGAAAUUACAAUAAAUCCGAGUUGAAAAGCCUGGGAAUCCCUAAUGUCGAAGAAUGCCUUGAAUUAUACGCAAAGUUCACGAACACUCCAGUCAUUGACAAAGAAACCUGGACUUUUUACAUUGUUUUCGUCGUUUUUCGUUUUGCCAGUAUCUUGCAAGGCGUUUACAUGAGAAGCUUAAUGAAAAAUGCAUCAUCGCCAGAAGCCUCGGCAUUGGGACCAAUUGUUAAAAAAUUGGUUAUCGAGGGGAAUAGAAUGGUGCACGAAUUGCAGUCGAGAAAAAAUUAUGGAUUGCUUACUGUCACACCAUCAACUUUAUCAGAAAACGCACGAAGAUAUUAUGAAAUUGUUCGAGAUAUUGUGCACAACGAUGUCAUCCCAAUAGAAAAAGAAGUUGCCGAAUAUUAUGAGACCAGUGAACAUCGAUGGACAAUUCCGCAUCCAAAAAUUGAGAAAAUCAAGGAAAAAGCGAAGUCGCUCGGUGCCUGGAAUCUUUUCAUUUCUAAUCAUAUUGAUCCGGAGGGAAAAUAUGGAAAAGGCCUAACGAAUGUAGAAUAUGCCCAUAUUUGUGAAGUGAUGGGACGUUGCAUCUUUGCGCCGGAAGUGUUCAACUGUCAGGCCCCGGAUACUGGAAACAUGGAAGUUCUUAUAAAAUAUGGCAAUGAGAAACAGAAAAAUGAAUGGCUCGAACCCCUUUUAGCUGGAAAAAUUAAAAGCUGUUUUGGAAUGACGGAACCAGAUGCUUCGAUUGUACGAGUUGGAAAUGAAUAUGUGAUAAAUGCUCGAAAAUGGUUUAUCUCGAAUGCCUCACAUCCACAAUGCCGGAUCUGCAUAUUCAUGGGGCAAAUCGCCGGAGAGAAAAAGUCCCGAUUGUUUCAACAAUCAAUGAUUCUUGUGCCGAUGCAAGCUCCAGGAGUACAAAUUGUCCGAAACACGCAUGUUUUUGGAUCACAGGAUGCUCCUGGAGCCCAUCCAGAAAUCACUUUCACAAACGUUCGUGUUCCAGUAGAAAAUGUGAUAUUUGGAGAAGGUAGAGGAUUCGAAAUUGCACAAGGACGAUUGGGACCUGGUCGAAUCCACCAUGCCAUGAGAUUGAUUGGCCAUGCGGAGAGAGCUAUUGACAUAAUGAAAGACAGGCUUCAAUCUCGAAUAGCGUUCGAAAAAACGCUUGAUUCAUUUGACAGUUUGCGCAAGGAAGUUGCACUAUCGAGAUGCGAAGUCGAACAAGCUCGACUGUUGGUGCUCAAGGCGGCUCAUAUGAUUGACACCGUCGGACCAAAGGAGGCGAAAUCCGAAAUUGCAAUGAUCAAAGUGGUGGCACCAAAUAUGGCUCUGAAGAUUUUGGAUCGGGCAAUGCAACAACAAGGAGGGCGAGGACUGACGCCAGAUACUCCAUUGUCAAUGUUUUAUGUUGCUGCCAGAACACUUAGAAUCGCUGACGGCCCUGACGCUGUUCAUUUAGAUACUAUAGCUAAGAUUGAAUUUAAAUCAAGGCUUUGA